AUGUCCGAAGUGGAUCGCAACGAGGACAACUCGCCCUAUGUCGACAACUUUGACCGCGACGCCAUGUCCCAAGACCGCGCCCGCUCGCGCUCGCCUGUCGCUGGCGACGCACCAUCAUCCGACCGCAGGGACCGCGACCGCUCCGAUCGCAACGACCGUCCUCCUCGCAGCUUUAACGAUCGUGCCGCGGCAUCUCAGCACGCUGCUGUGCAAGCCGCCAGGAAGAGUAACAAGAACUGCAGGGUCUACGUUGGAAACCUUAGCUACGGCGUCAAGUGGAACACGCUCAAGGACUUCAUGAGGGAGGGUGCUCACUCUGCCAAACGGAAGCUCGAAGGGUUGCGGAACAGUAUCGUCGAGUACAGCACACCCGAGGAGGCGCAAAAAGCCAUCAGCGAUAUGACCAACAAGCAGCUCGAAGGUCGUCAGGUCUUUGUUCGAGAGGACCGUGAGGACGAGGUACGAUACGGCGGCGCUUCUGGCGCACCUCCUCGUGGUGGUAUGCGCGGUGGCUUUGGCGCUCCUGGAGGUCGCGGAGGCUUCGGACCUCCCGGCCGAGGCGGCUUCUUCGGCGGACCUCCUCCUCCCGCCUAUGGUGGCUUCGGUGCUGGCGCACCCACUCAGCUGUUCAUCACCAAUCUGCCAUAUGAUGUCAGCUGGCAAGAUCUCAAGGAUCUCUUCCGAUCGGCAGGCAACGUCACUCGUGCCGACGUCAACAUGGGUCCCGACGGACGCUCCAAGGGAACCGGCAUCGUUGCAUUCGCCAACUCGAACGAUGCUUCCAACGCCAUCGCCAUGUACCACGGCUACGACUUCCGCGGACGCAUGCUUGAGGUGAGGCUGGACAAGUUUGCCGGCGCUCCUCCGAUGGAUGCUUACGGACGAGGCGGAUACGGUGCUCCUCCUCGUGGUGGUCGUGGCGGCUUUGCCGGCGCAUUCGGUGGUCGAGGCGGCUACGGUGGCCGAGGCGGAUACGGUGGCGGCUACGGUGACCCGUACGGCGGCGGCUAUGGACACGACCCCUACGCCGGUGGUUACGGAGGCGGAUACGGUGGAGGAUACGGCGACCGCUACGGAGGUGCGGCAGCAUACGGCGGACGACCUGCUGCCCCUGGCGCAGCUCGUGCUGCAGCUGCUCCGGCACCUCCGUCGCAGCAGAUCUUUGUCAAGAACUUGCCUUGGUCGACGUCGAACGAGGAUCUGGUUGAGCUCUUCCAGACGACUGGCAAAGUGGACGAGGCCGAGAUCCUGAUGGAGGGCGGCGGUCGAAGCAAGGGCUCCGGAGUCGUACAGUUCGCCACGGUCGAAGAUGCCGAGACGGCGAUCGCCAAGUUCAACCAGUACGUCUACGGAGGAAGGCCGCUGGACAUUGAGUUCAACCGUCGAUGGACCAACUUCCGCACGGGCGGUGGAAGCGUCAACGGCGGAAACGACGGAGAUGCCACCAUCGCUGAAGCUUCUGCGCAAGAUCUCGAUGGUGGAGAGGCACCCGUGCCCAUGCAGGGGUAA